UCGAUGGAUCGUCGAAGGAUGUUCAGUCGCGGGCGAACCACGGGCUGAUCGCGUACACCGCGUGACAAAACAGACGCUUCUUCUCCGAAAUGCACUCGGAACUCUCGCGGUUCGAUCGAACAGGGUGAAAUCGGAGCGAUCGGAAGUGUUGUCAGCUUGAUGAACGAUCGAACGACACUCGCGGAAAAUGGGAUCGUUGUCGCGAGAAGAACGACUCUGAAACUUAAUUAAAUAACAUCGACGGACGCAGCAACAAAACCGUGCGGUAAACAGUUUAAAUAAUAGUGAAUUAACCGGUGCGGACGAUACGUCAAUGUAUUUUAGUGUCGACGUCUGUGGAAGAGAAAAUCACAGUCGAGGCGUGACUAUCUAUCGUGAACUUCAUUAAAAUAAAGUACUCGAUGAAUCGUUACGUCGUGAGAUAUAGAUUGACCCGCUGUCCCUACCAGAGAAAGUAGACGUAAUAAAAAAUUAACUGUUACGAAGGAGAAAACUAUCGAAAGCUCGAAUCGCGUACAAAUACUUUUAUCCGCGUUCGUGGUCGUGUUCGAUAAAUAAUCGACGAAAGUCAUGCGGCGAUCGAGUCGACGACUCGAUAUCGAAUCGUCGUUGCAAGGAGUGGAAAGAUCAUGCUGGAAAUUCAAUGAACGGAAUGGCGUGAUUGUUGCGUUACUCGAUAGAAGUUGAUAUUGGCAGCCACAACAUCGAGUUAACUAUUGCUGAUCGAUAAUUAUCGUGCAUACAUGCCCCAAAAGAGCAACUCAAAUUUCAGUUUCGUUUCGCUAAAACUAGCGAAAUCGUCCGGAUUACGUCUUUAUCAAUCCGCCACAGAUUACGAAGCCAUAAAUUUACUGAAAUACUGGAAUUAAAGAUGCUUCGUUCACGUCGUACGUCGGUUAUAACGAGUCUCUGGAAAAAUUCUUGCGCCGUUGUAACAAUAGUUUGCUAGAGAUGUAAACCUUGGCAAAAUGCCCUUUCGCGGACAGUACAAAGUUUUAGUAUUCUCGUUAGGAAAUCUAGAGCCGAUAUUUUAAAAAGAAAGACGAUACAGCUAGAACUGGAUCUGGUUGUAACUUAAUUGCACCGACGAUAUUCAGUUCGACUCGGAACGGGAUAUCGAAUAGCCAUUACGACUCGUAAACACUCCGCGAUGGUGACCUCGCGAUCAACGUAACAAUUGACAGGAACUUAUAUUAAUCGUCUCGCGAAGAAAGGAAAGUUUCCGUGGCAGAAACGUUCCCGAAAAGCCAUCCAAGUUCGGAUGUCGAAAUCUGCGACAGUGUCGUCGCUAUCACGAGGACGGAUCCAAUUCCCGAAUUCCGUCCGGAGGGAUCGAGCGUCACGGGAAGGUGGUUUCCGCAUGCUGACGGCGCAUCAUAAUAAACCCGUUUCAUCGCCCCGGUGAUUUUCUAUUAAUAUGCUCGACGGAAGCCCAACGGCCACCAUUUCGUCGCCCCGUCCACGACAAGACGAUUUCUCGCGGUGACCGUCCGAUCGACGGUGACUAUUUUCGAAGACGUCGAGGAUCGUCCAGCGUUUCUGCGUCCGUCCCUAGGGCUCAGAAGUCGGAUCGAUCCAUCCGCGCGCCGCUGCGGGCUCAAAUUGGCCGGAACAAACCGAAUCGCCGCAGAGCGUCUCGAACGACAAUUACGAGGAUAUUUUUCAAGAUGGAUCACACGGGAUCCACUUGCACAACGAUUACGCUUCCCGUGCGGAAGAACGUGUACCUACACCGCUGGUAAAUCGCAACUUUCUGGUUCGAAACGGGUAUACAGCGAUCGUGUUGCCUAACUGCACCAUGAACGUCGCUGUUACGUGGUCGUAAGUCGAGGUUGCCACGAAGUUCCAUAAAGGAAAACGAUCGUAACGGUAAUUCGCCCUCGAGCUGUCCGGAUCUGUUCUCCAAGAUGAUCUCUAUCGGCUCGAACGCGUCGGUGGAUACCCUGAAAGGGGCCCAGCGAGUCAAUAAUCUGACGAUCGGUCUGUUCCUGCAGCAGGAGGACUCCUCGACACGACGCGACCCCCUGUACAUCGUGUUACCGAUCACGAUCAUUUACGCGGUGAUAUUCCUUACCGGGGUGGUCGGUAACGUGUCCACGUGCGUGGUGAUCGCGCGUAACAAGUCCAUGCACACCGCCACCAAUUACUAUCUGUUCAGCCUGGCCGUUUCCGAUUUGCUGCUGCUGAUAUCGGGCCUGCCGCCGGAGAUGUACUACAUAUGGUCCCAUUUCCCGUACGUGUUCGGCGAGGCGUUCUGCAUUAUUCAGAGCUUCGCCGCGGAGACGUCCGCGAACGCCACGGUCCUCACCAUCACCGCCUUCACCGUCGAGAGGUACGUCGCGAUCUGCCAUCCCAUAAUCUCCCACACGAUGUCGAAGUUGUCACGGGCCGUAAAAUUCGUGAUUGUGAUUUGGUUGCUGGCGUUGUGCCUGGCCGUGCCCCAGGCGUACCAAUUCGGCAUCGUUUACGACUACAGCAACGGUUCGAUGAUCUCGGACAGCGCUAGAUGCUCGGUGAAGUGGACCCUGAUCGACCACGCUUUCGAGAUAUCGACCAUGCUGUUCUUCGUCGUGCCAAUGACGAUCAUCACGGUUCUCUACGUCCUGAUCGCGAUCCAGCUGAGAAAAUCGCGGCUGCUCACGGCCGCCGUGAAGAGGAACCACUUGCCCGCCGGACUGAAUCACUGUGACAGCGGCAGAGGGAAAAGCUCCGCCCAGAGAAACGUGGUUCGCAUGUUGGUUGCAGUGGUGGCGGCGUUCUUCAUCUGUUGGGCGCCAUUUCACGCCCAGAGGCUGUUGGCUGUGUACGCGCAAAGCAGCACCACCGAACCAAAACACGCGUUAGUAAUAGUCUACACCAUCCUCACGUACAUGUCAGGAGUGUUUUAUUACCUCUCCACGACGGUGAAUCCACUUCUCUACAACAUCAUGUCCAACAAAUUCAGAGAAGCGUUCAAGUCGAUGCUGUCGAAUAACUGCGGAUGGAAAUGGUCCAGCCGGAAGUCGGUUCCCAGACAGCCAACGUACAGCAGCCUCUCCAGGUACCCGAGAGCAGUGACCAGGCAGGCGGACGACCGUCAGAAUUCCACGUCGAUUUCCGUCAGCGACGAGAACCAGAAUCCGUCGAACGCGGCACGAACCACCGCCACCGAAUUGAACGGAUUCCCGGAACGAAAGGAGCAGGAUCAUCGAUCGAAGGCGUGCAGGAUCAAUUCACGGAAAUACGGGAGGAGCGUGUCCAGAGGAUCGAGCACCAGCCAGCUCACUUUGAUGACCUCGAUCGGCAAGAGCUUCAACGAGGGCAACAACAACGUCGCCGCUGCUUGCGUCAACGACUGCUUGUUGAGGAUCCAACGUCCAGCGAGGGCUGUCACUUUCGGUGUACUGGCGGAAAGAUUGAGGCUCGGUACCAAAGGGCUGUUUCAACCGCAACCGAAGAUCAUGGCCAACCCUUCGACGAAACCGGAAACAGCCAGCGCGCUUCCGUCACGAUUUCAAAGCCACCCGAGCAUCGAGAGCUCGAACACCAUCAGCAACACCAGCUUGCAGGAUCUAGACGAGACCGAAUUCACUGGCACGGAAUUGGCUCAAUACAUGAGUACAUUAAAUCGCGACAAGAUCACCUGACGCUCGUUCCCGGAAGACAGCGUCUGAUCCUUGUUCGAUCUCCUCCGGAUCGGAAUCCGAUCUUUUCGAGCGCGCAGAGAGAUCGAAUGAUGCUGACUUUCCUCUAAUAUUCGAAUCGUUAAAAAAUACAGGUGACUUGAACACGUUCGAAAGAGUCUACGAUCGCAUCGACUGGAACUCUCAGCGGGAAUUUAAGGGACUAUUUAUCGCGAGUGUGUAUUUAUGCGAAACGAACGAUUUUAAAAUUUACUCUUCCCGAAAUAAAAUCGAUAUGAUUUGGCCCCCUUGUACAACUCCACGCCGGACUCUUACAUAUCUGUCUUUGAGAUUUUGCUUUUUUCGUACAGUAUAUCGUCGAGACCUACGAGGAACAGUUCGAGAAGCUCGCGUUAGGUGAAACGCUCUCGUCGAAUAAAGCUACAAGUUAAGUACAAAUUUAUUUCUUCUUUUAUAUUGAUCGAUGUUUGAAACAAUACACUUUCUUCGUACACCGAGACGCGUACAUUGAAUUCUCUAUUUAUUUUUGUACAUUCUCUGUUAACGCGUGUCGCUGAAACGCUCGGCGUAACAUUUGUAAGAUAGAACGUGUUGUAUAGCUUCUUUGGAAUCUUGUGCGGCUUGUGAGUAAUAAAAAAAAAAAAAAAAAAGAAUCAACGGGUCCGACGCUGCGAAUUGUUUUUGUUCGUGCAUCGCAAACGCGU